AAAAACAGUCACCAAUUCCCCUCUGUUCUUCUCUAUACAGUCAAGCGAUAUAACAGGGUACAGGUGUAUAUCAGAACAAAAGAACAAAGAGCCAAAUUCCAAGACGCCGACGUCACUUGUCAAUUGUUGUUCAUUUUUGGGGUUUCAAGAUGCCCGACAAACGAGUUGUCCUCCGUCGAAGACAUCCCUACAAUACAAGAAGUAAUCGAAUCAGAAAAGUAAGAACACCUGGUGGUAAGUUGGUUGUCCAAUACCCUGGCAAAAAGGGGAAGCAGCCCAGAUGUGGAGAUACCGGAAAGCCGUUGCAGGGAAUUCCAGCGUUACGACCUAUUGAGUAUAGCAGAAUUUCGAAACGUCAAAAGAAAGUGAAUCGAGCUUACGGAGGCAAUUUAUGUGCGCAAGCUGUCAGAGACCGCAUCCUUCGUGCGUUUUUGAUAGAAGAGCAGAAAUUAGUGAAGAAAGUUUUGAAAGCUCAAAAGUCUUCUAAGAAAUAAACGUUACAAGUUCCUUGCUUUGAUAAACUUGUUCGCACCAUG